GGGGCGGGCGCGGGCGAGUGCGUGGGGCGCCGCGAAUUGUUCAGCUCGCGCGCCGCAGCGGUUGCUCAGGGUACUGGCGCGGGAAAGGUGCCGGCCGGCCCGGCCGGCGGGAAGUGCGGCUCGGGCGCCGCUCUCUGCGUCGGCGGCUCUUCUAUUAAUUUGGUCCACGGACGCCUCGUCUCCUCGCAACGCCGCUCGUGCUUGGAACAUGAUCGGAACUCGGAACAGUAAUGGAAAUGGCCCAGCGCCGAUAGCGUUUGUGCGUCGCCAGCGCGCACCGACUUUUUGUGCAUGUGGUGUUCGUGAUUCAUGCGUAUUUAUCGUGCCGACGUCGGCACUUUUUGAAAGCAGUAUAAUUCAACGCGCCUCGUGUUAAUGGCAGCUUUUUUCCCAGCGGAUCCCCAAGCCUCAGCAUUGCAAACGAGAGUGCGCUGGUUCGAGAGCUCCAAAAA